AUGUUGGAAGGUGCAUUGGAGAAUUAUCGACCAAUUUUUGAAAAGGCAAACCAAUUGCAUAUAUAUGACCAGUUGAAAACAUUAAAGGAAGUCUCUUCUGAAAAGUUUCAAACUCUUUGGGGCGAAGUUAAGAGUUUGCAUUUAGAGGAAAUAUGGAGCAAAUUCAAGGAUGCGAUCGAACAUAGCCAAAAGCGGAGCAAACUGGCCCCAUCUGAUGUCUCUCCAGUUCCAAUAAUCUCAACAAUCGAAGAUUCAUGGUAUAGUUUGGGCUUAGAAGAGAUUUCAAAGGGUCGUGUUGCUGCUUUAGUGCUUGCUGGCGGCCAAGGUACGAGACUUGGGUCAGACGAUCCAAAAGGAUGCUUUAAUAUUGGAUUGCCUGGAAACAAGACCUUAUUUGAACUACAAGCUUUAAAAAUACAAAGAGCAGAACGCCUUGCGCGAGAAGCGUAUCCUAUGCAGAAACAGCCAGCUAAAGUUUUAUGGUAUGUUAUGGUGUCCGAAGCAACCAAGGACAUAACCCUUUCUUUUUUUGAAAAAAACGAUUAUUUUGGAAUCCAAAAAGAAAAAGUUUUUUUCUUUGAACAAGGAAAAUUGCCUUGCUUAGAUGUCGAAGGGCGAAUUCUCCUUGAGUCCGACUGUACCGUUUCCCAAUCACCCAAUGGAAAUGGCGGUGUUUAUGAGGCUUUAAAAAAUACAGGUGCACUUCAGCAUAUGAAGAAUUCUGGAAUUGCCCAUGUCACCGCUUAUAGCGUAGACAAUGUGCUUGCUUUACCGGUAGAUCCUGUAUUUAUCGGCAUGGUUCAGGAUAAAGGAUACCAAGUGGCUAUGAAAGUUGUAGAGAAGAAAGUUGCUGAAGAAAAAGUUGGCUUAGUUGUCUCACAAAAUGCACAUCCGUCAGUAGUUGAGUAUUCUGAAAUUUCUGAAGAGGCUUCUCAUGCGAGAGAAACAGUGGAUGGAAAGACAUGCCUACGGCUUCGUGCUGCAAAUAUUGCUUAUCACUAUUUUUCUGUGGACUUUUUAGAGCACAUGUCCCACAAUGCUAGGUAUCUUCCUGUUCACCUCGCUCUUAAGAAAAUACCGAACUUUGAUGUUACUCAGCACCAAUUUUAUCAGCCAUCAUCCCCGAAUGGAUAUAAACUUGAAAUGUUUAUUUUUGACUCCUUUGAACAGAUCCCCGUCGAGAAAUUCGGUUGUUUACAAGUCUCACGGGACACAUCUUUUAGUCCUUUGAAAAAUUCACUGAACGCACCCUCCGACAACAAGGAAACGUGCAUACGGGAUCUCUAUGCUCUUGGAAGAAAAUGGAUAUUACAGAACGGCGGGAUUUUAGAACAGGGUGAUUGUCCUUUUGUUGCUCCAUCUUUCAGCCUUCAAGGAGAGUCUCUUGAAUGGAUACGAGGAAAGCGUAUAGCUGAAAUUCCUUUAUAUUAA